AAAACUUAAAUGGGGAGGGGGAAACAGUCCCUCUCCCUGACCGAGGGGCUUCUGAAACUGCUCGAAAGAGCCCCACAAGAUCUUUGCGUCUCCACGUGACAGGAGCGUGUAUAUAGCAUCAGCACCAGUAAUACUCCAUCAUCAAGCGCGUGCUGCAGCAUAUGCCACAGUUACGGCGCGCAUCCUCACGCACCUCGAGGGCUUCCACUAAAGGGUUUGAAGACCGUUACAUCCAUGUGUUUUCUCGCUUCGUCUGAGGAGAUUUUCCGAUUGUGAUACGAAGGGGACUUUGUGAGAGACUCAACUUUUCCUGCGAGAGGGAUGCUGGAUGCUCCAAGUCCACUUUGGCACUCGGAGGGAACUUGAUAUACAAGUUUAUCAUUUCUGGACUGGACUCGCAGGUAUAUUUCAUUUCUGCGUGCGGCCACUUUGAGGACAUCUAUCAUAUUCAUUGCGCUUUUGGAGAUGUUGGUUUUUUGUCCGUUUAACUGUUAUUAGCCCAUUCAAUUUCGCUGCGCAAAACUGAACUUGUUUGAAUGAAAUAGCUUCGCUUACGAACACGUUGUUACAUCAAUGUGAAUUUUGAUGAGCUUUUCUCACUCCGAAGACUUUAACGACUUUUAGUGUGAAUAAGCGCGUCCCAUACAAUGACAUUAACCGGUGGGGAGAAAUUGGUGUUUCUUUAUCCGUCUAAUGUGUGACAAAACGGAGUCCGGACUCCUCAACUCCCCGCUCCUCUCUGGAAAAAUAGACAUAUUAAAACCGCACAUAGGGACCUUGGAGGCUCACGUCGAGACCCUUUGACGCUUUCUGACCCGAGACGCGACCAACGCACAGCCGCACAGAUGCAGUUUCGGCUCUUCUCCUUCGCGCUGAUAGUGUUGAACUGUGUGGACUACAGCCACUGUCAGACGCAACAACCUCACCGCUGGAGGAGAAACAAAAGAGCUAGCUAUGGAGCUUACCCCGUCUGUAAGGGCUGCUCGGUGUGUUCAAAGGAUAACGGCUGUAUGAACUGCCAGCCCAAGCUCUUCUUGUUCCUGAGGAGGGAGAGGAUGCGGCAGUACGGCGAGUGUCUCCACGCCUGUCCUACGGGAUACUACGGCAUGCGAGGGACAGAGAUCAACAUGUGCUCCAGGUGUCGGAUAGAUAACUGUGAAGCCUGUUUCAGCAAAGACUUCUGCACGAAGUGCAACCCUGGCUUUUACUUGCACAAGGGCCGUUGCUUCGACAAGUGUCCAGAGGGCUUCGCUCCCUUGGAGGACACCAUGGAGUGUGGAGAGGGUUGUGAGGUAGGCCAAUGGAGCGAGUGGGGGACCUGCACCAGAAGAAACAAAACUUGUGGUUUCAAAUGGGGUCUGGAAACCCGCACACGACACAUUGUAAAGAAGCCACCAAAGGACACAAUACCAUGUCCCACCAUCGCCGAGUCCAGGAGAUGCAAAAUGGCUAUGCGGCAUUGCAGGAGAGGCCCAGGGGGUUCGGGGAAGGGACAGCGAAACAAAGAGCAAAAAAAGAAAUCCAACAAGCAGAGGCUGCGUUUCCGGGCCCAGAACCAGCACAGCGACCACCUGGCAUCUGUUCGGGCUGCCCAGUGAAAGACUUGUCGAUGGAACAAAGACCAGAAAGCUGCUAACUCACGCUCCACACGUUCACACUACCCUGAUGAAAAUACACACACACAUGCAUCCAAACAGGAUUAUUCGCACUCCACUCGCACUGUCUCCCGCCUCCUGCUGCAUCCCGCGCCAGUGAAACGUCCCUCGAACCUGUGACCCCACUGUGAUAUCAUGGAAAACUAUAGCAGCUGUUCAUAUGGCUCAUAUCUCGUCCCAUUUGAGGAAGAAGAGAAAGAACGGGCAUGACGACCAGACGUACCGCGGGAGGAGGCGAAAUCGAAAGACAGAAAGGAAGAAGAAAGUUUAUAAAGCGGAUUAUCGAGUGUGAUUGACUGACAAAGAAAAACGAGAGAGACUCUUCUGUAUUUAUGUACAAUUACGCCAUUCCCUACGAAUCCAAGGCAGAUUGUGUCAUGUUGUAUUGCCUUUUGUCAAAUAGGUACCUUGUUUUUGAUAGCAAUGUUACGAACAUGAAACCAUCCAUAGUUGCAAAAUUACUAUUCUCCGCACAAAACGUUUACGUCCAGACCGCUUUAUGCUUUAACUGUACAUUGUGGGUAAGAAUCUUAGUUGUUCAACUAUAGCAUGUCCACAAUCUCGUGUGUACAUAGUUGGUGAGUUUAUCUACCGUAAUAAUGGUAAAAAAGCAUUACUGUAUUUCCAGUAUUGAUGCAUUCAGCGGUUAAUGGUUAUAAUACCAGCUACAGUUAAAUAAAGAACAAAAAGCUAAAUAAAAAGCAUAGCCGUUACAUAGCUAUUACAUUUA